AAAUCUGUCUGAGUUUUUUUCCAAAAACUAAUGAGAAAAGUCCCAACUGAGAAUUCUGGAGAAGUCUGAGUCCUACUCCUGGCCAAAAAAAGGCUUUAAAAAGCUUAAAACCACCCAUCUUGAACUUGGACAAAUGACAUUUCUUAAAAUAAAAGCAAAUAAAAUAUGUUUUUCUUUUAAAAAAGAUCAAAACAAACCAACCAACCAACCAAAAAAACCACAUCCCCCCACCCUAAAAAAAAAGAAAAAAAAAAGGAGAGUUAUUAAGAUAAUACUUUUAAAACUCUAGGUAAAUACAGAAGGACUUUUCCUUAAAGUGAAGAGAAUAAAAGGAGGUUUUUCCUUAAAAAACACCCAUAAAAUACAGAUAUUUUUAAAGGGUUUUUUUCCUUCCCAAAAAAUAGAAUUCCAGUGCAUAAGGGCUUUUCUCCUCUCUCCCCCUAUCCUGGAAAAAAAGCCAAAAUACAUAAGAAAGAUUUAUUUUUUAGUCUCAAAAUAAUAAACAAAUAAUUAACUUUAAAAGGACUUUUUCAUUUAGGAAAAUUAAAUCAGAGGAUGGGAGUUCCCCUGAAAAAAAGCAGGAAAUGAGGAGAAAUGAGAAAAUAAGGGAGAAUUUCUUGAAAGUCCUAACAUGCAGGGAUUGAGGGUUUUUUCUUCUCUCCGCAGUAAAUGCCAUAAAAUAACCCCAAAACUAAGGGAAGUCAUGCAGGGUUUGUUUUUUGGUGGUUUGUUUUUUUUGGCAGGGGGGAGGCUGUUGCUCAGCAGAGAAGAAACCUAGAAUCCCCCAUCCUGAAAUUCCUGAAAUUUACUAUUUUGGGAGUAAAAAAAACCCUGUGAAGUGAUGAGGGAUCCAGAGGUGUCUCCAGAACCCCAAAAUUAUUCAUAAAGAGGCUUGUCUGUGCUUAAGAAAAAAAAAAAAGAAAGAAAGAAUCUGGAGGAGCCAAAAAUCCACAACCCGUGAACUCAAAUACCCCUUUCUGAAAAAUCCUGGGAGAGCUCAGAGAGCUUGGGUGGGCGGGAAGUUGGCAAAUUCCCUAUUUCCGUGCUUUUUUGAUAAAAGAAGGAGCUGCAUGAGGUAAACUCCAGCAUUUUUAGGUGUUGGAGCUCAUUUUCAGGCCCCGAUUCUUCAAUUCAUCGGAAUCCAGGGUCGAAGAUGUUACCCUCUGAUGUUUUUCUUCUCCUGAUUUUGGGAUCCGUUGUGGACACCAACACCUCAUCUGAAAAAGGGUCCCUGCUCUAUCCCUAUGGACCAGACCAGGGGGACCAGACGAAUCCCAAACAUGAUGAUGGGACAUCUGAGAGGAUCGCCCUCUUCACUCCCUUCACCUUCUAUGGCAAAACCCAUGAAGCUCUCUUUGUGAACAACAAUGGGGUGAUCUCCUUUGAUGAACCUGUCAGAGAAUACACCCCCGAUCCCUUCCCACUGGUGGAUGGGCGCUCCUUCGUGGCCCCUUACUGGGCAGAUGUUGACAACGUGCUGGGUGGGGAUAUCUUCUACCGUCAGACCACUAAUGCGGUGCUGCUGGGGGACAUCAGCCGGGACAUCAACCAGUACUUCCCCGAAACCCUCUUCACUGCCACCUGGGCCUUUGUGGCCACCUGGGACCACGUGGCCUACUACGGCUCCACCUCCACAAAGGGCAACACCUUCCAGGCUGUCCUGACUACUGACUCCAAGACAUUCUUCAUCAUCCUAAACUACUGGGACAUCCAGUGGACCACAGGAGCGGCGAGUGACGGGGAUGCUGAAACGGGGCUCGGAGGGAUUGCAGCACAUGUGGGAUUCAACAGUGGUGAUGACACCAACUUCUACAACAUUCCUGGAUCCCAAACAGAUGCCAUCAUCAACAUCACUGCCACCUCCAAUGUCAAUGUCCCAGGGCGCUGGGCCUUCCGGGUGGACAACUUCCAGUUGACGGGUGUGGACCCUCCCAAAGUGAACGAGGACAGUGACUGCUGGUUGUGAAUCUAGGGGGCUGGGACAGAGGAACAUCCCCAUUACCACCACUGUCCUCAGUGAAGUCAAUUGGAAGGUCAAGGUUGUGUCCUCCUCUACCAGAGCAAUAAAAUCACAUCCAAGACAUUGA